AUGUCUCUGGCCACUGUGAUUGGAAACAGCCUGAUUAUCUUCUUGGUCUGGACUGAUUCCCACCUCCACACAGCUAUGUACUUUUUCAUUGGGAAUCUUUCUUUGCUGGACAUCCUCUUCACAUUGAUCACAAUCCCUCAAAUGCUUAUCCACAUGGCCUCUGGGAUUAGGACCAUCGCUUUCAACAGAUGCAUGGUCCAACUCAACCUGACUCUCUCUUGUGGGAUGACUGAAUGCUUCAUCCUGGCUGUCAUGGCAUAUGACCGCUAUGUAGCUAUCUGUCAGCCACUGCGUUACCCCACCCUGAUGAGAAUGCAGGUGUGCAUGCAGAUGGCUGGGGCCUGCUGGACUGGGGCAUUCCUUAAUGCUGUGGUGUUGACAUCAGUCAUGGCAUCCUUCCCUUUCUGUGGGCCCAAUGAGAUCAACCAUUUCUAUUGUGAGUUGCCACCUAUGCUACAGCUAGCCUGCAUGGACACAUACAUGGUGGAGGUUCUCAUCUUUGCCCUCAGCGUUAUUGUCCUCAUGAUGCCUUUCACCUUCAUAGUGAUCUCUUACAUCCAGAUUGCACGGGUGGUGUUCAGCAUGAAUUCAGCCAAGGGACGCCAACGGGCAUUUUCUACCUGUGCCACACAUCUCACUGUCGUCACAUUGUUCUAUACUACCAUUGGCUUCACUCACUUGCAGCCCCGCUCCAACCGUGCUUCAGAUCAGGAGAAGAGAGCUUCAGUCUUCUAUGCGCUGGUCUCCCCAAUGCUGAACCCUGUCAUCUACAGCUUAAGGAAUAAGGAUGUUAAAGGGGCUUUGUCCAAAAUGAUGGGGAAAGCUGCUUAA